AUGCGGCGAUUUGCGUGCUUACUCAGCCUACACCCAUUGCUCCGUGGCUCGCUACGGCUGCUCAGGUUUUCGCCGCAGUGUCGACCGAAAUUCAGGAGGACAAAAUUCAUCACCCCAAUUGUUGUGGACAAGACGCCGAGCAAAAAGAAGAUUAUGGAAAUUUACGAAAACAUGAAAGUGAGAGAAUUGGCGCAGGUUUUGCGCAUUUCGGAAGACGAAGUGUUGGAGGUGCUGAGAGGUUUAAACAAGGAACCGGAGAGCAGUGAGCAGGGUUUGCUUUUCUUAACAAUCCGCUUUGAUUUCCGAGUCUGA